GUCAGAGGAAAAUGGCGGACGGUGUGGAUCACAUCGAUAUCUACGCCGACGUCGAGGAGGAAUUCAACCAGGAAUCUGACUACCCGGUCCACGAACAGAUCGACCUGUAUGAUGAUGUAAUAUCCCCAUCGGCCAACAAUGGGGAUGCUCCAGAAGACCGCGACUACCUGGACACGCUGACAACACCGGGUGGCUCAGAUGGAGGGAAGGGUGCCCCACCCAACGUAGUCUACACCUACACAGGCAAAAGGAUUGCCCUGUACAUAGGAAACCUCACAUGGUGGACAACAGACGAGGACCUGACGGAAGCUAUUCGUUCGGUUGGCAUCUCGGAUGUGCUGGAGAUCAAGUUCUUUGAAAACAGAGCCAAUGGCCAGUCCAAAGGGUUUGCGCUAGUGUGUGUGGGAUCGGAGGCAUCGUCGAGAAAAUUAAUGGAGAUGCUGUCGAAGAGGGAGCUCCAUGGUCAGAAUCCCAUCGUCACCGCGUGCAACAAGCAGUCGCUCAGCCAGUUCGAGAUGCAGUCACGUAAGAUCUCUUUAUAUUCCUCAGGUACCCAGUCAGGGCAAAUGUCUGGGGAGGGUAAAGCUGGUCCUCCUGGUGCUGGUCUUCGUGGAGGUUUUCCCAUGGGUCGAGGCAGAGGCAGGUUCCCUGGACCACCCGGCCCCGGUGGAGACCGCUUUCCUGGUCCUCUUGGGCCGGGUGGACCGCCACCACAUUUCCCGGGCCCGGGCAUGAGACCAGAUCUGAUUAGACACCAAGAUGGCCCUCUGAUGGAUAUGAGUUUCAAUCCCUUCCCGCCGGGGGGCAGGAACGGGAACUGGCGUGGCAGAGGUGGAAUGCAGGGUCCUCCACGUCCCCCACUUGGCCCACCUGGUCCUCCUGGUCCACCAGGACCUCCACUUCCUGGUCAGGGCCUUCCACCUCCCCUAUCUGGUCCUCCAAAUCGAGGCGAUAGGCUUCCUCCCCCUGUUCUAUUCCCUGGUCAGUUUGGCCAGCCUCCGAUGGGCCCCCUGCCCCCAGGUCCACCUCCUCCAGGUUAUGGCCCGCCUCCUGGUCCCCCACCCCCUCAGCAGGGCCCACCGCCCCCGGGCCCCUUCCCAUUACGUCCCCCAGGCCCCAUUGGGCCCCCCAUGGCUUUGGCUCCACCUCCACACAUGCCAGGUCCCCCACCGGGUGGACCGCCACCAGCACCCCAUGUCAACCCUGCAUUCUUCCCCCCACCUGGCAACAACAAUAUGCCCCCGAAUGACAACCGAGGCCCCCCUGGACCAAACGACCCAUACGGACGCCCACCACAUUUUGAAAGAGGGGACUUCGGUCCUGGAGGCCGUGAGAUGGAGGCGUCACGGACCCCUCUCAGUGAGGCAGAGUUUGAGGAGAUCAUGAACAGGAACAGAGCCAUCUCCUCCAGCGCCAUAUCUAGAGCAGUGUCUGAUGCCAGUGCAGCUGACUAUGGCAGUGCUAUAGAAACCUUGGUGACAGCUAUCAGUCUGAUUAAGCAGUCCAAAGUGUCAGCAGAUGACCGCUGUAAGGUCCUCAUCAGUUCCCUGCAGGACUGUCUCCACGGCAUUGAGUCCAAAAGCUACGGUUCCGCCUCCAGUCCAAUGAUGCUUGUCCAUGCCAGGCGAGAACGUUCCAGGGAACGGGACCACAGUCGCUCCAGAGAAAAGAGCCGACGACACAAGUCCCGCAGUCGUGACAGGCAUGAAGACUAUUACCGAGAACGCAGCCGGGAGCGGGACCGCCAUCGCGAGAGGGACCGCGACCGUGACCGUGAGAGAGAGAGGGAAAGGGAGUACCGACACCGCUAGAAGGAAGACCUGGAUCGAGCCAGAAGAUGCGUUUGCGUUGAGUGCGCACCUCCUCGUCAUUGGAUUAAAGGCUUCCCUUUAGUUUUUCGAAGGAAAAGUUGCCAUUGUCCUCAAAUAGUCAGUCCUAGGCCAUAACAGGCUUUUUAACAUUUAAAAAACUUGAAAUAAUAAUCUACAGUAAAGAAUGACACUUGAAUAUCCCUCUAUGAAUAUAAGAGGUAGAUCAGGAGAGACGAGGUAAGCGAUCCGUUGGUUUCAGGUAGGUAUACGGUAAGUCACAGUUGUAUCUGGUCUUUCAGACAAUAUGUGUAACACACUUGUUGUAUUUACCAUGCUACAUUGCACAAAAGGGUUUGUAAGAGUUGUAUCAAUGCUGUGCAUCAAAUCAGAAAAUACACUGAUAAUUACUGGCAAUUGACUAUGUGGAUGUAUUGUUACUUUUGGUCUUCUUGCCCUUGAGGCUGGCAAAAUGUAAUGGUCACUUUUUAUAUUCUGUGCCAAAUUUAAAUUGAAAAAAUCGUAAUGAAUUCAGUGAUAGGGCAUUUGCUAGAAAUCCCUGUUGCUUGUACAUGUUUUUCUGUACUUUUAGUAGUAGUUCUGCCUUUUUACUGUUCAGAGACUCUCCUGAGAUAAGCUUUUGCAAAUAUAACAUUGGUUUGGCUCAUGUAUCAACAUUUUGUUUUUUACCAGCAGCUAUGGCCAGUAGACAAAAAAUAAAUAUAGAUUUUUCUGCCUUGAAUAUGAAGAUUCAAUACUUAAUUGCCAUUUCAUUAUAUGUGAAUUGAAGUGUAUUGUGGCUUGGUUUGUCAGUGUGCUUGUAAUAGUAGUCAAAGUAUUCCCCAAUAAUUUUUUUACAGUACUAAAUAACAGAUAUCAUUUUGUGUGGUCUGUUCAAAUUGGAUUGUAUUUUAGACAAACUAAAUGACAGUGUUCAACUUGUCGAUAUUUCAUCAAUCUACACUUUGUAAAUGUUUCAUUCAGUCAUGUUGUAUACAUAUGACCAUUUCAGUUGAGUAUAUAUAUUUAUAUAAAUAAUUGUCAUGAGAAGAACAUUCAUUUAUCAAACAGUGUUAAUAACUGCUGAUUUUUGGACACAGAAUAUUUUGACUGUCAUUUUGCCAUAUUUGCAUGUCAGUAAUAUUGCCUGACAUUUUAGUCAGAUUGAAUGUUUUGUAGCUGAUUAUUACUCACUUUGGAACCAUUGUACCUCAAUUUAAGAGGUUCGGGUGAAUCGAGAGAAAAACAUUCAUACCUUUUUGUUCUGAAAACAAAGAUCGUAAUGGCCUUAAUACACAUAUUGUGUAACAUUAUGCUUGAUCAAUGACUGCAUUUAAAUUAUUUGUAAUAUGCUGAUUGUCAGAAUUGGUUUACAUACAGGAUCAAUGCAUGAUUAGUUGCAGUAUCUUACAGAUAUGAUUGGCAAGAGUAAUUUACAUGUACACAUUGAAUAUAAAAUUAAAAGCUCGAACCAGAAAGACGUUUUCAGAUCCCACGUUUUUUGGCUGUCGCCAUUAUUACAUUUUCUCUAGUCGGGUUACCUUAUGCAGUUAAACUAAAGAAAAUCUGAAUCUUAUUUGCAAGAAAAUGUCAAUAAUAUUGAAGGUAUACAAUAAUUUAUUUCGUCAAUUUAGCAAAUUCAUGACUGCUAAUUGUUAUUUGACAUUGACUGAUACAUAGGAUACAUUUAUAUAUGUUUUAUGUGACUUGUAUGUACAGAUGACUCCCACUUAGUUGAUUUUUACCAUAACUCGUCAUAGGCUGGCAGGAGAUCAUGAAAGUAUUUUUGGCUCAUAGCGUUAUGUUUUAUGCUGGCUUUUUGGAUGUUGAGUCAUGUUAUGGGUGCGUUGUAGUAGACGAUACAUAACACCAGCUUGUGCACAACAAAUAUCAAUACCAUAUUUCAAAUGGUUUGUGGUAAAUGUCUUUUGAGGCUAAUUGUCCAGCUUGGGGUUCGGCUUCCGUGCGCCACUCGCGUGUCAAACAUGAUAACUUGUGUAAAGUCUUGGAACUGCAGUUGAAAUAUCUGGUUUGAUCGAUUUUUGUGUCGUUCUCAUGUCCUUCACUGCCACAGCACGUCAGAUGUUUGUGGCGUUUCUAUGAACCGGUCCUUCUAGGGCAGUCUAGGUGGUCACAUGGACCUGAAGCAUCCUUGUCCUGUUGGGCAUCACCCAAAAUAAUAUUUCGUAUAAUUUUACAAUAAUUUUCAGAUCUUAACUACAUCUAUUUUUGAGACCUGUUUAAAUACAAACACUACAUACAGAUGUUUUAAACAUGCACUAUUUCAUAUAUUUCUCUCACACUGAUACAUAUGAACUGGGGUGGUUUUGCCUGUGGGGUUACUGAAUUCUGAAAAGCAGGGAAUACAACUGUCUCCCUUAUGUCAGCCCAAGCUGGAUUGAUCUUAUAUGUAACACCUAAUGGUCCAUAUACCAACCAAUAUUUACUGAAGUAAGACUUUAUGUCCACUGGGAAACUCUUAACAAAACAUUACUCUUGUAAAGAGUAUUUUUCCCAAAUUGUUUCCACUUAAAUCUUAGCAUACGUAUAUUUUCAGUAGCAACAGCUAAAAUCCUUUAGCGUGCUGCAUUUCAAUAGCAUUGCAGCAGCAAUCACUACAAUGAUCACAUAAUGUUGUUACCUGUUGUGUAAGAGAUCCCCAGUGGGCACAGGGCCUUAUAAAUAUCGGUAAUUUGUAAAUGAGUGAAAAUUUAGUAUUUUCAACUAAAUGGUUCUCGGUCUGUCUGAUAUCUUAUUGCACGGUCAUUAGGGGAACAUCGAAUUGCUGCUUUUAACCCUGAUGGUAGACUGGCUACUUGUUGUGUCCACAGACGUUAAAGCUCUUUAAUCUGUUCAUAUUGGGGGAAAUGUACACUGUUUGCAACGGGCUGAAAUGACUUUUUCUGCGAUCUCUUCGGUCUGUACAUGCGUGCCCAGGGUCACACGCCUGAUGUCCUUUCACACAGGCAUACCGUUUGCUCAUGUUGAACCAGGGUCAAACAGUUGUAUGUACAUGUCAAUAAGCAUUCAUGCCCAUGUAAAUGAAAGGGAGGUUUUAUAAGUUAUACCUGAAUAUACAGAUGGGCUACAUGUGUAUACAAUUAGACGAUUACAAUGUCCUCUUUAAUUUGGCCAUUGGAAUGCUUUAGUUGUGCAAGUCUUCUUUUCUUCAGACCAGAAGCCAUCUAUACAUCUUUCUGAAUAAUUUAUGAUCGAGUUGACGCACAGGUGAUGCCCACAUCAACCAGCUUGCUUGUCAAAAUGUCAUCUGUAAAAUCUGAAUAUUUAAAUAGUAAGUAUCACAUCUUGGGCUGUUUUGUGUUUUUAACGGAUAAACAAGUUGAAGUUCUGAGUUCGUGGACUGGUUGACCCUGGUUUGACUCGGUCCUGCUACACACGUUAAUAUAUUCUAUAAACUAUAAUAUUCUAUAAUGAACAUAGGUUCAAAGCAUAUUUUUAUUAUGACAUGAUUUGUUGGUCUGAUAUUUGAUCUAAUCUGUAAUUUGAGUGACAAAAGUUCAGCUAUGCCCCUUCCCACUUGUACUGGAUGUUAAAGUCCCUUAUAAAUGAUGGUGUAACGAGGAGUACCGUUGAGUUUGACUACUGUGUUGUAUACAAUAUUGUUGUCGGUUUAACUGUUUUUGUCUGUAGCCAUGCACCAUGUCAAAUCAGUUCUACAGCAAAAACAUCAAGUUUCAAUAUGCAUUUGAAUCUGAGUCGUGUGACAUCAUCUGUACUCAUUUGACAUGCCUGUAAGUGAGGCCUGUGAAUCAAAACCUUGCAUCAGCAAGGCUUAAUUAAUCACAUUUCAAUAAUUAGAAUACUUAACACAUUUGAAAUGACUUUCUGUAUCAGAGCUGUUGUCAUUUCAUCUGAUAAAUGUAAUACUUCUGUUCCGGGGUGCUUCAAUGUGGGUACAAAUGUCAUCGGGUUAGUGGACCCAUUGUUGACUAAUUAUUCAUUGCUGCUGUCUUUCAUAGUUUAAGAUAAACAAGCUGCCUCCAGAUUCCUGCCCCUUGUUUGCUGGACUUUGUCUUUCUCAAUUCUAAAUACAAAUAUUGCAGCUUAAUUGCUGGCAAUGUUUACUAUUCCAUAAAUACUACAUUACAAUGACAGCUCUUCCCUGUUGAAUAGAUUACAAUAUAUAUAUAUUUAAACGUGUAACUGGGCAGUUGUAGCAAUCUGAAUCAGAUGCGUGCCUUCCUCGUAGUUUAAUGUUUUUAUCUGGCUUUUUUGGUCCUUUGUGUCUUUACCUCCGAUAUUGCUGAAUUUCUAUGUAACAUGUCACAGUGGUUUAGUUUUUAAGUCUGUACCUAAAGCUGACCAUUACUAGUUGUUUGUAAGGACAAUGUAAAAGUAGCGAUUGCAUUUAUAAUUUGUAGUAAAUUUAUUAAAAUAAAACUACCAAUGAACUAUAAACAUCUAGUGGAUUGUAGAUUUCUUUUCAAAGUGGAGGAAACAAAUAUUUUAAGAAGGAAAGAAAAAAACUGGUUAUUGGGGGAAAACAUUUCUAACUUUUUUCCCACCACACAAAACAGAAAAUACAUUACAUCGUGCCGAACUGAUCCAAAGCCAAAUGCACACUUUAUGGCUCUAGCCAUUUAGAAGAUUACCCAGAAUAUCUUCACCCAUAUGAUUUUAAUACAGUUUCUCAUGUCAAUGCCUCAUUUGAAAUUUAGCAUAACCUCAAACAAAUUUCCAAAUUUACCAUCCCAAGUCUUAAGAUGAACUACUUCUUUUUUUUACAUGGAUGUCAAUUCCUGUUUGUCAAAAGCUUCAAGAAUCUGUACACACAUUUUUUCACACUCAUUUAAACUAUUUCAAAUCGGUUUUAAUAACAGUUUAGUGCAUUCAGGCACAUUUUCAACUGCAUAUUGUAAUAUAUUUCUGUGGGUGGGUGUGUGAUACACUUGGAUAUUUCCUGUUCAAGUUUGCAUGACAAUGUUUGUGUCUGGGCCCGGGCUGGGUGCAAUCCACAGUCAACUGAGCAUUUAGCGAAACAGAAGUCCUCCCAGGAUAUUGGUUUGGCAUUUAGAUGCCACAGUUUAAGUUUUCCUGACCACAGCCGCCCGCCCUCCCCUCCCGGCCACAGUAACAUGUCCAGUCAGUGGAUUUGGAAGAACGCCGUCCCUUUGACUCAAAGUGAUGGUGAGUUGAGCCCAGCCCGGGUGUGCACUGUGUCUGUAGUCUAGAGGUGUAAUGAGGAGGGGGGGGGGGGGGGAGUGUUCACUGUUGGGCUGCCUCCAAACCAAACUCCACCCUUCGUUUUGACACCUUUUCAGCUAACGAGGAUCAAGGAUGGAUGGAAGAAAAAGGGGGAAGACUUUCAGUGCGCCACCACCUCCCCACCCUGCAUGACCGGACAGGAUUACCACCACCACCUCUUCCUCAUGUCUCCUCUCCUUUCUUGGUCUCCACCUAUUCUUCUCUGUGUGUGUGUGUGUGUGUUCAUCUUGUCUGCCUGAAUAAGAGCAGCGGAUGGAGGCGCCCGCCCUGUGUAAGGCUAUGUUAUCCCAACAUAUAUACUCAUGGUAACUAAAGAUGAAAGAGAAGAAACUUUCCAAGCAGUUCUUUUAUUUUUAUGAUGUUUUAUUUGACAUGUGUGAUGAGUUUUUUUUUUUUUUUUUUUUUUUUUUUUUUUUUGGUGCAAAGAAACAAUAAAAUGGCCCACACACUCCCUAAUUAGAAGACACAAACAUUACAUCCUAUUUGUUUUUUAUUUUUCCUUGGCUCAUUGUACUGUGUACAUUCAGUUUAGAGAUCAGUUUUUAUAGGGUACAUGUUUGAUGUGUUCUCCCCACCCCUCAUUCUCAUUUCUUUCUUUUGUUAGAAUGUUUGUAAAUGUCUCUCUGCUUUUGAUUAAAAACUAGAUGGUGUUGUAAUAAAAAAUGUUUACUGAGGUACUCGAUGCAUUUGGUGAAUUCCUCUACGUUUGACUCAUUUAUAUUAAAUGUGUAUUUCAAUGUUUUUCAUCAUGAAUUUGUGUGGGUUAAGAUUUUUGUUUAUUUUUAGCGAGAAGCUUUAUGGUUUAAAAAAUAAUAGCCUUUUUGUGGUUGUUAUUUUAUUCAAAUGGAUCGAACUUUUAUACGGUAAGAAGAUUUAAUUGAAUGUACUCUUUUGCAAUGUGCAUUGAUGAAAGGAUGUCAACCUUGAACCAGUUUACGGUCAAUGUGUACAUGCAGCAAUUUUGGGCAGUUUUAUUUACUAUUAAGCCAAAAGAAUCCACAAUACUGUAACGCACUGAAUAGCUUUUACCAAGAACCCUUCUAAUCCAAAUUGUUUGUCUUUGUUUUGUUAAUGUGAAAUCUAUUCAUUCUUAUAUUUGGUAAUCCAUGUUAAUUCAAGCAGCCUUAAUCUUGCAUGGAAUUGGUCAUUCAUAUUUUGAAUUCAUCCCGUUUGCUAAUUUGCCAUUUAAAGACGAGUUUUGACUUUUUUGUUGCUCUUCUGUGCCACAGCUAACCUGUUUCUGUAUGUCCGUGUGAAACACUUUUACUCUGUCACACCAUAGAUGCAAUAAUUUAAUACAACAUACGGAAACAAAUUCAGGGAAACUGGUUUUUCAUAUGCAAUUUGUUUAUAUGUGAUGUGCACCAUAACAUUAACUUUGUCAUCAUAUGCAAGGCCGACUGUCAUGUUCAUUUUUUUAACGGACUCAUUUGCAACUCUGGGAUACAGAACUUUUAGUUUGGAGUAUUUCAUAUGAUGAUAAAUAAGCACUUUACAUGUCUGUUUCUUUUUCUUUGCUGUUAUUUUUAAUUACAAAAUAUAUUAGGCUUAAAUGUCUUAAUAUUUACGGCCGGACAGACCAGUGAUUCAUUUUCCGUAGAUAAAAUGGGGGAGGGGGAUUUGUGUGGCUGCAACGGUGCUUUCUGAGGCGCUUUGAUAUUGCUGCUGAAUAUGGAGCAAAUGAAAUUUCAAAUUCAUACUGUCGAUCAACACUGAUAUUAACAGGUCAGCAAACACGACGCGUUUAUGUCGACUCUUUAUUGUCGAAGUUUCUCGUGUGAUUUUUAUUGGAGGUUAUUUGUUUACAUGCAAGUGGAUUGUUUUUUGUUUAUUAUUCCCCUGUCGCCUCAUUCCAAAUCCAUAACUAUCCCCUAAAAUACGACCUGUUCAAAAGUGUUUGAUUGUAAAGAUGUUUGACAUCUAGUUGCCCUAAUGGCUCCAGGAAUCCCUGUGAACUUUGGUGAAAAUAUGUCAGACUGUGAAGGCACCCAAACACUUUUGAAAACCCUAAAGAUGCUUCUGUUGUCUGUUUUAUUAACCAUAUAUAUAUUUAUAUAGUGUUACAUAUUAAGGAGUAUUAAUCCAUUUGCUGACGUAACUUUGUAAACUCUGUAAAAGAGUAAUAAAGCAUUGUAAAAUGUUUUUUUGUACAAAAACGACGUGAAAAAGUAUGACAUUUUGCACUUUAUGGAGGGGAUUUCUUAAACUGUGUUAAAUGUGUGAGUGACACCUCUCUACCGAAGGCUUCUUCAUGCCGUAGCACUAAGUCUUUUAGGUACAUGGACUUUUGUGAUAUCAACACACUCCCGGCACAGUGCCACUCAUUGUCUUCCUCGUCUCGGGUGUAAUCGGGCUUACGGUCGUGAUGCCCGGGCGUCUCUGUGUCCUGCCUUGUGCUGACCUCUCUCCACAGCGCAGGGGGUAAGUGUUUCCAGGUCUGCAUCGCUACAGAAGACCAAACGGUCCGGUCCAGUUGAGGGCUGGCGGACUCUGCCGCAUCAUGACAGACUUUACCUCACACAAGAGGCCGGAAAGUAUAUUUUCUUGUGUUUUCAGGAUUUGACUUGGAAAAGUGGAAUAUAUUUUCACUAGGUGUGACUACCUGAGUGUCAGCUACCUUUUCAUUGUAAGAGAUAAUGUAAUUGAGCAGAGUAGUUUUGCAGACUUGCCCAGUGAAGAGCAGGGCUACAUGAAAAGUGUAGUUUGUAUUAUUAAUGCAGAUUAAAAGACCCCUCUAAAUUAUUUACAAUGGGGGCUGCUAUCAUCCUGUACGACCGCCGGCAAUGUUUUGUUCUAACGACGCAUUCCCUGUUUGGGGAAAGCCUAUGGUAGCCAAAAGCCAUUAAGUGGUCAUUGCACCUACAACAAUAAAUAAAACAUUUAUACAUUUG